AUGCUAAUCCAUCGUAUCGAACGCGGUCAGACUGUUGGCCAUCAUUAUUAUAUUAACCAGUGUUUACGACCUUUGAUCGACGAGAUCAAACGUCAGAGACCUUCUCAUGGAACUCGUGGGAUUAAAAUCCAUUAUGAUAGUGGUAGACCACAUGUGCACAAAGAUGUGACUGAUUAUCCUGAAUCAGAAGGGUUUACAAUAAUACAACAUCCAGCUAAUUCUCCAGAUUUAUCGCCGUGUGAUUUCUGGUUAUUUGACUUGAUCAAAGAAAAUCUAAACGAUCAAGAUGAUUCACAAGCAUUACAUGGUGCUGUGAUCGAUUUUAUGCACACCUUAAACCGAGAUGAAUACAAAAAGACUUUCGCGAAGUGA